AUGGAUAGUUGUAUGAAUCAUUUGAAUGAAUUAAAAGAUGAUAAGAAUCCUGUUUUGUCACCAAUCAUCAUUUAUGAUUACGAUUUAAAUCAUCGUUAUGAUAUAAAUCAGCAAUCAAAUAUUCCAUUUUCAAUACCGAAAAUUAAAAUAAAACCGGGAUUUCGUUUAAAAACCGGAAUAAAUGAUCAUCAGAGAGCGAAACUUUCAUGGUUAGCUGCUAAUACGGAACCAAAUCGGCAACCAUCUUCUAUCGUACCAUUUCCUCGAUCAAUUCGUUUCACAACCAAAGAAUCACAAAUACCAACGACAAGUGAUACCAAUUAUCAUAAUUCCAAUUAUUAUGGUAAAUUAUCAUUUACACCGACACUUUCACCGAUUUAUUAUUCAUCAAAUUAUCGAGCUAUUCCAUCAGCAUAUUAUAAUAGUUAUUUACCACCAAUAUAUGCUCAACCUACUCAUCUACCAGUAUCAACAUUAUUAACGGCAAUUCAUAAUAUAUUACAUAUUCUUCAAAAAACAAUGUAUCCCAAUGAUAGCGAUAAUGAUGAUUUUAAAAGUAUCGGUGACAUUCCGGAAGAGGCAAAUUUCAUUAACAGUAAUCGGCAUUUACGGAAAUCAACACCAUCAUCAUCAUCAUCAGCAGCAGCAGCAGCAGCAUCAUUAUCAUCAUCAUUAUCAUCAUCAUCAUCAUCAGUAUCAUCAUCAUCAGCAUCAGCAGCAGGAGCAGGAGCAGAAGAAAAAAUUGAAGAAAUAGGAGUGACUAUGAUAUCCGGAAAUAGUAGUGAUAUAGAAAAGGAACAAUUGAUUAAUGUGGAACAAGUGGAAGGAACAGGAAUUCCAAAGGUUAUAAGAGUGAUAAAAACAAUCGAUUCAAAAUCUCAUAUGAUUAAUAAUAGUGAAAAUAUUAUUACUACUACUACUACUACUACUACUACUACUACUACUGAUGCUACAAUAACACAACAACAUACAACAACCACAACAUCAUCAAUUGAUGAUGGUAGCAAUCUUUUGGGAAGUUUAUUAAGCGGUCGUCUUGAUAAAGUCGAUUGGUUAGGAUCACUUUUUGGUAAUCAAUUACCAACGAAAGAGGAAGGUAGUGCUAUGGCACAAAUUUUUAAAGGUGGUAUAUUUGGUCCAGCUAGUUAA